CGCGGGUUGAACUUGACCUUCUCUCACGGUCGAGAGUCGUGUUCAAUAUGUCAACCCCGGCGCCAACCAAGGGAGUCAAGCCCGCUGUUAACGGCGUCAAGGCCGAGCAGAAGAAGGACGCCGCAGAUAUAACCAGCCCCCACGAGCUGACCGCUUUCGUGGAGAGGCUCCUAUCUCAAUUGGACGACAAGUUCGAAUCGAUGUCGGGCCAAAUAAUGGAGAGGAUGGACCAGAUGUCCGCUCGUGUAGAUGCGCUCGAGGCAUCAAUCCAAGAUAUCAUUAGCGACGACCUCUCUCCUACUUCGCCUUCGCCCAACCCUACCACGCACCGUCGCCUGCCGAGCGGCCGGAAGUCCGGGGUGGGCUCGUAAAGGCGGUCGACUCAACACGUUCUACGCUCUCAAGCAUUUUUACAACCUAGGCCGAGUACCAUGCUAUCACGUCGGCGCAGACUACGAUUACUAUACGCUCAUUCAUAGUGCAGAAAUCCUACCGGUGCUUUCUGAAGCGUACGGGCGAAUAAUGGUUGUGUACAAGGGAGUCAAACUCAGCGCUUCUCUCGUACGGUAUGGGCUUGCUUAUCGAGGCGCAGUACAUCUCGUCAUGAACUUCCGCCGAACGAACGAUCACUCUAACCCCUCGGACUUGCAGCGAGGGCUGAUAUUUCCUCGGAGCGCUCAAGAGACCUCUAACCCGCGUCCUACGACCGAAUUCCUCGUGCGUAGCAGCAUUCAGCGGCAUGGCCA